AUGCGCGCCGCUGCAUUACUUCGCAUGUGGCGGCUUCUGCUGGUGCGCAGCCCUCCCCUUGCCAUUUCGGGCGACCUUGUGCUCGUGUGGCAGCAUCUGCACUGCGACACUUGGCUCUUGGCAGGUGCGGGGCCUUCUUACACCAGCAGCUUCCGACGCCGCACCGCUGCAUCUGCGUGCCUACUCUGUCGUGACGAGCUAGCGAGCGUGAGCGGCUGCAGCCGGCAUCGGCACCUGGCACUCUGGCCCAUACGUCUGCAGCUCCUGGUAGCGCAUGGCUGCUGCUCCUGGCGGCCCACGGCUGCUACUUCUGGCGGCGCGCGGCUUUCUCCUACCGACCGAGGUGACCCCCGGAGGCAGCUGCAACUUGUACGCAAGCACCUGGCGGCUGCAUCUGCUCCUGGCGGCUGCUUCUGCUUCCUGGCGGCUGCUUCUGCUCCUGGCGGCUGCAUCUGCUCCUGGCGGCUUGCUUCUGCUCCUCGCGGCCGCUUCUGCACCUGGCGCCUGCGUCUGCAAACGUCUGCCAGCGGCACCCCGUGA